AUGUAAACGUACCUUAUGCCACGAAUGUGAACAGUUUCCAAACAUAGCUACACUUUUUCAAUUUCAUAUAAUUUUUUAUGAAAGCUAAAAAAAAUUCAAUAUGACAAUUGAGAGUAUCCGUGUUUUUUUUAAUGUUCUUUGGUGCAAUUAAAUGACGUGGACUUGUCAUAUUUGUUUUGCGGCUUUUUUUUAUUUUGUACAGCGGGAAGUGCUGAUAUGGCAGGGUAUCGUUUGUUAAAAGGUAGCAGCGAAAUAAAUAGUGUUGUGAGUGCAGCUUUACUGUUUUUCACUCUAAUUACCAUUAAUAAUGUGAAAUCAGAAAUUGUUCGUCCGCGUGGGGUUUCUAUUUCAAAGGCUUCGUUGUACGCAGGGGGCAAAGACUUUACGUGCUUUGAUGGCUCCUUGACCGUGCCGUUCACGUACGUGAACGACGACUACUGCGACUGCCCGGACGGGAGCGACGAGCCGGGGACGCCCGCCUGCCCCAACGGCACGUUCCACUGCACCAACGCCGGCCACCGCCCCCUCAACCUCCCCUCCUCGCGAGUCAACGACGGCAUCUGCGACUGCUGCGAUGCGUCGGACGAGUACGGGGGCCGGGCGACGUGCAGCAACAACUGCAACGAGCUGGGGCUGGCUGCACGCAUCGAGGCCCAGAAGAUGGCGGAGGUGGCGAAGCAAGGCAGCGAGCUGCGCGCCCAGCUCAGCAAGAGGGGUCACCAACUGCGUCAGGAGAAGCAGGAGAGGCUCCAGCAGCUGGAGAGGGAACGGCAGGAGGCGGAGGGGGUGCGGCAGGAGAAGGAGCGCUUGAAGCAGGCGGCAGAGGCGCUGGAGAACUCUGCGCUGGACAAGUACCGCAAGCUGGAGGAGCAGGAGAAGCAGCAAGCGUCUGCCGUGGAGCGCAAAGCCGAGGAGCGGGAGGCCUUCGACCACUUCCACCGCCUCGACUCCAACCAGGACGGGAAGUUGGAUAUAGCAGAGCUAAAGACACAGCAGACGUUUGACCAGAAUAAGGAUGGAGCUGUCUCAGACGAUGAACUGCGGGCGCUGCUGGACGGCAAGGAUGAGAUAGCGUGGGAAGACUUCCUGGGCACGGCCUGGUCGCAGAUGAAGCCACUGCUGAUGCUGGACCGCGGCCUGUUCCAGCCCCCCGCCACCGAGCCGGAGGCUGGCUCCGAGGCGUACAGAGAGGAGGCCGAGGAGGAGGAGCGUGGUGAGCUGGCUGGUGACGGAGCGGGCGAAGGCGAAUAUGCCGGAGAGGAGGAAGAGGAAGAAGAGGAGGAGGAACAAGAGGAACAGGAACAAGAGGAACAGGAACAAGAGCCGGCACAGCAGGAGGAAGAAGCUAAAGAGGAGGAAGAGAAGAAGGUCUAUGAUGAGGAAACGCAGCACCUCAUUGACGAGGCCACCAGGGCGCGGUCGCAGUUCGAGGAGGCGGACCGCCGGGCCCGCGACCUUCAGCGGGAGAUCGACGACAUCAGCGAGUCCCUGAAGAAGGACUACGGGACGGAGGACGAGUUCGCGUCGCUGGCGGGGGAGUGCUUCGAGUACACGGACAUGGAGUACACCUACAAGCUGUGCCCCUUCGACCAGGUGACGCAGCGCUCCAAGGGCGGCGGGGCGGAGACCCGGCUGGGCACGUGGAUGGACUGGGCCGGCCCGGAGAGCGACCGCUACCAGGUCAUGCUCUACAGCAAGGGCCAGUCCUGUUGGAACGGGCCGCAGCGCUCCACGCACGUGAGGCUGAAGUGCGGGACGGACAGCGCCGUCACACACGUGUCCGAGCCCAACCGCUGCGAGUACGAGAUGCAGUUCUCCACGCCCGGCGCCUGUCGGCUGCCCGCCGGCCAGCCGGGCUCCCACGACGAGCUGUAGCCGCCCCCCUCCACAUUCCGCGCUCGCUCCCGCGACUGCUCCGCCCGACCGCAACUGUCCGCACCUUCGUUCGGCCAAACACUUUCACCACGUACACAACCAAGAACGAGUUGUGUGCUGUUGUACGUAAUUUUAUGGGAUAGUGCAAAUAAUUUAAAGAAAUUGGUAUUUUGUAUUAAUUGGAGGCAAAAAUUUUUAACAAAUAUUCAACUAGCAGUUCAUAUGAUCAGGAUUGUACUCAUUGGAAAAAAAGUGACAUCUUCAACGAUUUUAGCAUUUCUUGGGGAAGAUUAAUGUCGUUUAAGCUAUAGGCUAUAUUGUUAAAUAAUAAUAAUAAUGCAAAGAAGUGGUCUAGUCAGUAAUUUGUAUUAAGUUGGGUUUUCCUGAAGAACCUGACAAUACGUAUAAAGUGUGAUCAGUGACGCGCAUCAGUUACAUUUAACAUGUUAGAAGCUGAUCUGACGGUCGUGGGUUUUAUAUCUUAUCCCAAUACACAGGGCAUGAGUCAGUUCUUAAGCAUCAUGUUGGUACUUUGUGUGGUUUGAAACCCACCAAAAUUUUUGCGGUUCCAUUUGCCUUGAGUCCUUGUGCAUAAACGUACAACUUUAUAAACUCCAGGUUCACCGUUUGGCAAUAGUCGCGAAAGUUUUUGCUGUCCAAGAUUAACCAGAAAAUGGAGCAAUGCUGAAUUAAUUCUUUUACUGGUGUUAAAAUCCCCCGAUCAGCCGCGUGCAAGAGCGAGUAGUUUCAGCAGGCAACAGCGCGUGAGCCAGCAGCAGUUGCGGGAGCCAAUACGUCGCGCACUCACCGUGCACCGAGUCGUUUUCCGUCUGUGCAAACGCUCUUGUAUUUUGUGAUUAAAAGCGUGCAGGAGUUGGGUGUUAGUAAAUUCAUUGUUUGUAAGUUUUGUAGGUGGGUCGAACAAUAGUUAAUGUAAAAAAAAAAUUAUAUUGUUAUAUAUUAAUGGUUUUAAAAUGGGGAAAUGGGUGUGAAAUUCCUGGAAAAUAGUUUGCAAAAACAAAUGAUAGCUGAAUUGACUAAAGUUUUCAAAAUAAUUAUUGUUUGUAAGUUGAAAGGCCGUGUGAAAGCAACUCUUCCAGCUAGGCAUUGUUGCAAAACAAAUCUGAUAAAAAAUUAAAUUCAGAAAACAACCCGUUUUUAGUGAUCACUGAUAAACAUUCAUAGUUACAAGUAAUUUUAUUUUACGUAAUUGAAAUUACGUAUUUACUUUACUUUUUGACAUAAUCGCUGUACACAUCCAGGCUCUUGUCAUAAUGUUUGAUAAGUUUUGAACGCCUUCUUAAAAUAUAUACUCGCCAGUGAUGUGUGGACAUCUAAUCUCGGUAAACGAGCAAAUUCAUGUGGUCUCAUGUUGCAAAAAAAAAAAUUACAACACAAAACUUCAAUUAAUUCCCUUGAGAGACUAACAAAUGCGCGCUCUAUCACUUUGCUACCAUGCCUUUGGGAAUUUUGGAGAAUUGUAAUGCCAGUUUUUGUACGUAUUUUAAAACUUGGAUGGUUUCACUACCAUAAAGUUUCAUUGGCACACAAUAUAUUUGGAAUGACCCCUAAUGUUUAUGAAAAUUACUAUAUACUGGUUUAUGUUGUUACACGUGGGUCCGCCAUAUUAGUUACACAUUUCCGUUCUAUUUUCACAAAAUUACUCCCACUAAAUGCCGUAUACUGAAAUCUAAGGUGUUUACACAUCAAAAUUUGUUUUCUGGAAAUGAACCUACAUUGUAGCAACACUACAAAAUGCUUUGUCAUCGCCGAAGCCACUGAUUCAAGUGCUGAAGGAGGCGGUAAUUACUCGGUGCCAAAUCUAUGGAACUUGAGCUGUGCGGCUGAGCAUUGUUGUGAACCAACACACACUGGAAGUCAGUUGCUCCGACGCUUGCUCUGGAUGGCAAGAUUCACAGAAAGUCUGAUUUACUAUGACAAGCAUUUGUUUGCAACUGAUGUAGUGUAUGAGUUGUGGCAAUACAAUCUGCUAAUUCAACUGCCCGAUAUGUUCUGAUCACCUACUCUUAGUGCCACAAGAAUUAUGUUGCUUCCUCCGCCCAUUUCUUGCUCACAGGAGAUUUGUUCAUGAAUUACGCUCAUAGAAAUUAAAAUACUUUAUCAAUAAAGUUUGUGUGUAUUUUUAGUGCUAGUGAGAUAAUGGUUGUUUUAUACAGGUUUAAUUUUGCUGAUAGUGUCAGAAUAUCACAGUAAGGGUUUAAGAAACACUUAACUCUUAAAAAUUUUAUGGCGCACAUAAUUUUUUAAAUUACAAGGUACGGUAUUCACCAUGUAUCUAUCCUCCUUUCCCUCCAUUCCUAUUUUCCACAUGAAAACUUGAAUCUGAAUUGUGCUGUUUGUGUAUGACUGAUCUCUGGGCUCAGUCACCACCUUGAAACACGCAGUGGAAAAGCAUAGUGCUUUUUUUAAGUUUUGCAUUCCAGAUUGCAUUUCCGCAUGGAUACAUAAUCACGAAAAAAUCCAAGGUAACGGUUAUAAUGUUCGGAAAAAGAAUUGGUCUCCAUUAGUUGAGUGUACUUCUAUAUUUUGUCGAGACUGUUUUUCACUCAAUGUCUUAGAUGAACAUGCAGGGUGUAUAUUAGAAGAUGGGGUUGUGUAUUGUAUUGAGUGAAUUCAUUUUGAGACUGAUUAGAUUCAAUCAGCAUUAGUAACUUCAGAAUUCAUCAUAAUUUUUAUUUUCAAUCAAAGGAUGAAUUCUUCCACUGUAGUAAAAUUAUGUUAUGAAUAUUUAUUGUACCAAAACUUUGUAAUUUUUAUAAUUUGUAAAAAAAAAAAUAAAUAAUUUCUUGUCACCCAAAGCUGUUAAAUUACAAGGUUUUACUACAGUGCUCAGACAUGAGAGACAUAUUAAUUUGUUAUUACUCCAUUUAAAAAUUUUUGCAAAUAGAUGAAUAGUGGAUUUUUUUGUAACUUUUAUGUAUUCUAAAAGAUUGAUUUGAAAUAAAGUUUCGGUACUUAUUUUUACGGGUAUCUCGCUGGUUAAUAUGGCAUCCAGUAUGUGUAUUACAUACCAAUUAAGUUACCAGUACAAUUUUUAAAUAAUGAAAAAAAUUGUCUCAAAUAAAAUGGUAGAAAACAAACUGUUUUUUGAUGUUUAUGUACAGUUUUUUUUUUUAUCAGGGAGGUUGAGACUACAACAAACUACUCAGAACGAGGAUAUAGUGGAAAUAAUCAACCACGACCUACAUUUAAGAACCAUCCUGGCAUUUGAGUAGAGUGAUUACGGGAAACUAAAAUCAGUAUGGCCGGACCGGGCUUCGAACCCGAGCACUCUGGAAAGCAAGUCCAGUGUUAUUACCGUAUGUGUAUAAUGUAUACUAUAUUCAUACAUGAUGUUUCACACUUACUAUAAGUUCAGUUUAAAGCACCAAAACUGUGUUUUUUCUUCAGGUACAUUGUAAUGAGCAAUAGAAUUGACUCAUUAUCGUUAAAAUGCAAAUCACUUUUGCAGAUAUGUAUCAGUAUUUUCAUUUAGUUGUAAAUACUGAAAUUGAAAGCAAUAGAAUUUACUCACUAUCGUUAAAAAAAAAAUAAAAAAUGCAAAUCACUUUUGCAGAUACGUAUCAGUAUUUUCAUUUAGUUGUAAAUACUGAAAUUGAAAAAAGGCCAAAAAAUAGUGCAUUUUACUAUCAUAUUAAAAUAUUCAUUUGGCAUUUUUCUAAUACUGCAUAGUCAACAGAAACAAAAAUCCUACAUUGAUUGCCAUAAUUGUCUAUCGAGCUAAGCUACAUACAUGUGGUUAUACAAAUGCAUACACCACAUUCCCAGCCGCAACUGAACUUGCCAAGCUAGUAAAAUAAAUUAUAUGUUUAAAUAUAAACAUCUAUUUUCUUGGACUUCACACUGUCUGCUUGAGACUGUAUGUUUUUGGUUUUUUUUUUACUUUGACACAUAUUGCCCUUCUUAAGUAUUGAUUUAUUUGGAAGAUGAUCUGUAUUUAAGUAAAUUAUUUUUGACUAAUAUUGUUCAGUGAUUCUGCAAGAAAUCAAUAAAUGGUCAUAGUAAAUAUUUCAAAAGCGUAGGAUUAGAUGCAUCAUUAGAACUGUGUGUUGCAGGAACAUUAACUUCGUGUAUUUUUUUUGUAUUACGGUUAAAACAAUAUUCACAUUUAAUAAUCUGGCAAAAUUGUUAAGCCGGCGCAGCUGUGGAUUUGAGCGCAGUUACUGUACCUAUGUACGCACAAUUAAAUUUGAAUAAAUAGCAUUAUGUUCAGUU